AUGUAUAUGUACUUACCAAUAGAUAUACUCAAAGAAGAGUAUGAAGGAGAGAACCAUCAAUCGAUUGAAACACAAAGACUGCGUUUUGCUCAAACCAUCGGUGUCCAAUUAGAUGAACAAGCAGAGGAAAAGGAAAAGGAUAACUAUAACAAAGGAGGUAGAAGAAGAAGUCGUUCUCCACGUGGUAGAUCUGAUGAAGAGGACGAGGAAACAGAGGAUGAAGGCAGAUCAAUUGAAUUUUCACCAUCGUCACAUGGAAAGAAUACCAGAAUCGUCAACAAGAAACUAAACAUCUUUCACAAUCAAAAGGGUUGGACUGGUAUCUAUGCAUUCUCAAAGAACCAAUCCCCUGAAGUAUCUAUAACAGUGGAACAAUUACCAAUGGGUACUGCACUCUGUCUAUAUGCAACCACGGGAUAUAUCCUUCCCUAUGCUAUUAUUAGACACUCUAUCAUUGUCAAGGACAAUAUUGCCAGUGUCACAGAACUAGAAAUUCAUAAUGCAACGAUUACAUCAUAUUCAACUGGAGGAAGUGGAGGAGAAGAUUAUUUUACGGAAAAUAUUUCAAUUGAAGGUUGUGGUUUGUACAUUGAACGAAAUGUUUGUAUUGAUUUACAAACUGGAGAAUUUACUCAAAACAAUGAAACUAGAUAUCAUUGGUUGACUGGUGAAUCGGGUAGAACCGGUGAGAAACCAAAGAGCUUGGUAGAUCUCGCCAAGUUGAGUAUCAUUGAACAAGGUGACCCCGAAAAGAUCGCACUUGCCAAGCAGGUCGGUAUCAUUACCGAAGAAGACUUGCAAAAAAGAGGUAGCUACGAUUUCUAUGUACUCACACACGAAAAUCCAAGUACCUUGAAACACGUCAAUGUCGUCGGUCAACCAACUCUGGCCAAUAUCCUCGAUCAUCUAUCCAAUGCACUCAAACAAAAGAUUGUAACCAUCUAUAGUGUCAACACUAGAAGCGAUAUAACUGAAUUGGAUCUAAGAUUAGGUGAAAUACCAUCAACUAUCAUUGCUCAAAAUGAUAAAGGUGAAUGUUAUGGAUUUUAA